CGCAGACGCCGGUUAUAAGUGUAAGGCUCUGAACCGGGGAGCGUCAGGGAUCCCGGUGCGCACGCUUCGGUUAGAUGCCAGAGGCGUUGAGCAACGACAGUCCCGUUCGUUCAAUCUAUGAAACGGCGCAUGUGCCUUUCAGCACCGACACACAGCGGACAGCGCUCAGAGGUGCAGAAGCACUGCACGGCCGUGGAUUCAACCGGUGUCACGAAUUGACUUUUGAUCGGUUGUGUUACUCUCAAAGGAAAAUAACAGCUGAUUGGAUAUCCGUUUGGAGCAAAACACCUUAUCUGUUUCACUGGAAUGAACAGAAAUAUUACGAUUGUUUCUGCGGGAGACAGUUAGAUACCGACACCGCGGUGAUUCUAUCAUCUUCCGCUAAUGCCUGUGGUUUUGGCCGGCGGACAAUCUAAAUCUCAGGUGGUUGGAGGGCUGUUGAGCUCCGGGGGAUUGUCGGUUCUGACGGAGCGGAGUUGUGUUCUCCUGCGGGGAAUAGUGAUUCUUGGGCGGGUGGAGUGGUGAGGAGGUGCCGUUGAGCCCCUUCAUUCAGGAGGAUGCUGGUGGGAAAUGCCUGGCGACAGAGACGACGAGAUUUGUCAAAAGGCGCUAGAACUUCUCUCAGAUCUCUGCUCUAAAGGGGAAGUGCAGAAUGAUAACUGCUUGGAUUUCAUUUACUACUUCCGAGACCUCGCCAGACCACGGUACACGGACUCAGAUGUGUCGGUGAGCCUGCUGUCUCUGGUGGUGACGGCGUGCGGUCUGGCCUUGUUCGGUGUCUCUCUCUUCGUGUCCUGGAAGCUGUGCUGGAUCCCAUGGAGGGAGCGAGGCCUGUCCCCGGGGACCAAGGAUGUGCACAGUCACCUGGGCCCCGCCCUGGGCCCCCUGGCCCCCCUCCAGCCCCUGAUCCCCUCUCGGGAGCCCGUCUACACGGCGGUGGACCCGCCCCCCCACGUCCGCCGUGAGUCGACCCGCUGCUCCGUGGUCCGGGAGCCCACGCCCACGCCGGUGGCGUCGGCCGCGUCGGUGGAGGUCCCGCCCUCUCCCGUGUCCCCGCCCCCCGUUGCCAUGGCGACCCCCGAGGUGGCGAUGAAGAUCAGCUACACCUCCCCGGACAUCCCGCUGGACGCGCAGGGCAAAGGUCGCGAGAACGGUGUGCACACCAACCCCCGCAUGCAGAGGCAGACCACCGAGCCGUCCGCCACUGUACGCUCCAUGUCCGAGAUCGGUCAAGGCUCCAUGAGGAGACAGAUGAACCUGUCGAACCCAGACUUCAACGUGGCCCAGUUCCAGCGGCAGGACUCCCUGACGGGGAUGGGUCUGGGCCUGGGCAGGCUCAAACCAGAACUGUACAAGCAGCGCUCCCUGGAGGGGGAGGAGGGCGGCCGGAGGGGCGGGGGAUGCGGGCGCCUCCACUUCAUCCUCAAGUUCGACUGCGACCUGGAGCAGCUGAUCGUCAAGAUCCACAAGGCGCAGGACCUCCCUGCCAAGGACUUUUCCGGAACGUCCGACCCGUACGUGAAGAUCUACCUGCUGCCGGACAGGCAGACCAAACACCAGACCAAGGUACACCGCAAGACGCUGAACCCGGUGUUCGACGAGGUGUUCCUGUUCCCCGUGGCGUACAGCGAGCUGCCCACACGCAAGCUGCACUUCAGCGUCUACGACUUUGACCGUUUCUCCCGCCACGACAUCAUCGGCCAAGUGGUGGUGGACAACUUCCUGGAUCUGGUGGACUUCCCCCGUGAGACCAAGCUGUGCCGUGACAUCCAAUACGUCACCUCGGAUAAUGUGGACCUUGGAGAUCUCAUGUUCUCCCUCUGCUACCUACCCACCGCUGGCAGACUGACCAUCACCAUGAUUAAGGCUCGCAAUCUGAAAGCCAUGGAUAUAACUGGAGCCUCUGACCCCUAUGUGAAGGUCUCCCUCAUGUGUGAGGGUCGCAGGCUGAAGAAGAGGAAGACAUCCACCAAGAGGAACACGCUGAACCCCGUCUACAACGAAGCCAUCGUGUUCGACGUCCCACCUGAGAACAUCGACCAGAUCAGCCUGCUCGUCGCCGUCAUGGACUACGACCGCGUGGGUCAUAAUGAGGUCAUAGGGGUGUGCCGUGUCGGCACCGAUGCUGAAAACCUGGGUCGAGACCACUGGAGCGAAAUGCUGACCUACCCCAGGAAACCAGUUGCCCACUGGCAUCCUCUCAUUGAGUACCAAGGGACAGUGGGUGGAAGCCAGGGGGGGUCCUGUAACUCUCUGAAGACUCCGCUGUCGCCCUAACCCGGACCAGGCCAACCCGUGAGGGAACACCACCGCGGCGAGGAGCCAGGGGCCCCGCCCAAACCAGUCUGGGGGGGGG